AUGAUUUCUCCUUUACCAGAAGAAUAUGCUGAAACGAUUGACUUACCGCUACCAACCAGCAUCAUUUCAGGAUCUGUGCUACCAAAAAUAUCGCUUAUUGGUGAUAUAAUGGGACCUGCUCUUACAAACCUUGAUGGACUGUUAGCAAUGCCGUAUGGUUGCGGAGAACAGAACAUGGCUAAAUUUGCUCCCAAUAUUUACAUCAUGGAUUAUCUCACGAACACAAAUCAAAUUACAAAAAAAAUAAAAGACGAUGCAGUUUAUUAUAUAUCCUCUGGCGUUACGGUAAAACCAAUUUUCCCUACACCUCAUCAUUUUUAUCAACAUAUUUCUACUGACAACGCUAUUCUUUUCCCCGGAGGUUAUCAAAGACAGUUAAAGUACAAAAGAAAAAGUGGUUCGUACAGUGCCUUUGGAGACUCCGACAAUAAAGGAAGCAUGAUGUUAACAGCUUUUGUUGUUCGCUCAUUUGCGAGAGCCCAGAGAUAUGUAUUUGUUGACAAAGAUCAAAUCAAACAUAGCAUCGAGUGGUUUCGAAGAAAGCAAUCACGUUCAGGUUGUUUUCCAGAGUAUGGUCAAGUGUUUGAUAGAUCGCUUCAAGGUGGAUUGAACAGCGAACUUACUAUCACGGCCUACGUCGCCAUAGCUUUACUGGAGGCAGGUUUUGAUGAGAAGACAUCUAUGGUUUCCAGAGCUCUUAAUUGUAUAUCACGAAAUCUGGAUACAAUUCAAGAUUCCUACACCACUUCAUUAGUAUCGUACCUGAUGGUGCUGGCAGAUCAUCCGAAAGCAGCAAUAAUGAUAAGUCGUUUGAAAACCAGGGCGAUAAGAGAGGAAGACGAACAACUUUACUGGUCAUCAGGCAACGUAAAUCAAGCACGGUUUGAUUAUUACCACCAAACAUAUGCCGCUGAUGUAGAAAUGACAAGCUAUGCUUUAUUGGCCUACAUCAAGCGCAAUGAGCCUCAUAACAAAUUAAAAAAGAUUGUGAAAUGGUUAUCGAAACAACGAAAUUACUACGGAGGCUUUUCUUCCACACAAGACACCUGUGUAGCGUUACAAGCUCUUUCUGAAGUCGCUGCAAGAUUUUAUUCCAAGAGUGAUCUUUCGAUCUUGAAUGUAUCUGCGAAUAUAAAAGAUGGUUUUAACCAUAAUUUCUCGGUUACUGACAACAACAAAUUGAUACUACAACGCGUAGAGAUUCCAAGUAAUUUCUUGCCAAAUACUUUGGGUAUAAAUGCAUCUGGUUCAGGAUGUGCUUUAUUACAGGUUUCUGUGAAAUACAAUAUUCCCGUCUUUGAAUUGCCGCCAGCCUUCAAUGUGAACGUUUCCGUACUUCCACGCGGAGCAAAAGACGAGGAAGAAGAAACUCCUUCAUGUCAACCUUUGCAGUUAAGACUACAAGCAAGAUGGCUCAAAAACGAUGUUUCAAAUAUGGCUAUAGUUGAUGUUAAGCUCGUGUCGGGAUUCACCGUGAACGAAAAAUCUCUAGAACUGAAGUUAAAGGGAAACAAAAAGUGCACGGCCAGCCAGGCAAAUAGGGCAAUCUUAAAACGAUUUGAAACAGAAGGACAACACGUUAUUCUGUAUUUCGAUGAGAUAAAAGAGUUGGAUUUCUCGCUGGAUAUUACGCAGAGUACAUUAGUAAAGAACGCCCAGCCAGGUGUUGUCAGUGUCUACGAUUACGAACCAGAAAGUCAAGGGAAAGUGAUGUACAACAUCACUGAAGAUGAUUGCCGUAGUGAAGAAAGAGGAUGCUCACUGACACCGUGCGGUUCUAACGGUUACUGCACAAACACAAACGGUUCUUACUUCUGCCAGUGUGCAUCAGGUUUCACAUCAUCGGACAGUGGACAGCCUUGUACAGCUACUAAAUGCCCUGCGGGUUGGGAGGCAUUCGAUGGGCUCUGCUUUUAUAUCAGCAAUGGCUUUGCGACAUCAUGGAACAGUGCGAAAGACGACUGUCGUCGGCGUGGCGGCCAUUUGGCAGUUCCAACCAACACGAAAAUAAAUAAUUAUCUCUAUCAGGUUAUUAAGCGACAUAACCUCAUCGCAGCGUGGAUUGGCGUGUACCGAAAAUCGGGAAGAGUGUUUUACACAGUGGGUGAUGAGGAGAUCUCGUAUAAAAACUGGAAUAGAUGGGAACCAAACAACGCUGGCGGGCGGGAAAACUGCGUCGAAAUAUUAAACAGAGCAACAGGGAAAUGGAAUGAUCGGCCAUGUCACUUGAGCGAUCGUCAUUACCUUUGUCAGCGGUGUCUGUGAAUAUACGAAAGCAGCUGCGAUGGAAAGAAUAUUUUUUUCCAAUAAAAAGAAAUACGGCA